CUCGGGACUGUCCAUAAUUUUAAAGGGUGCCUCGGGACUGUCCAUAAUUUUAAAGGGUGCAUUGAGACUAUUCAUAAUUUUAAAGGGUGCCUCGGGACUGUCCAUAAUUUUAAAGGGUGCCUUGGGACUGUCCGUAAUUUUAAAGGGUGCCUCGUGACUGUCUAUAAUUUUAUAGGGUGCCUCGGGGCUGUCCAGAAUUUUAAAGGGUGCUUCGGGACUGUCCAUAAUUUUAAAGGGUGCCUCGGGACUGUCCAUAUUUUAAAGGGUGCCUUGGGACUGUCCAUAAUUUUAAAGGGUGCCUCAGGACUGUCCAUAAUUUUAAAGGGUGCCUCUGGACUGUCCAUAAUUUUAAAGGGAGCCUCGGGA